AUGGCAUCCAGCUCGACAAAGAUGAAGCCCAACAGAACAAAGAAGAAGAGUUACGAAAAUCCUGAAAAGAGCGUGGAAAACCCAACUUCUACAUCCAAGGGUCAAGGCAAGAUCCAAGUCAAGACAGAGAGCAGGCCCAAGACCAAUAAUAUAUUCGAAAAAUACAUUAUCUCGUCUGAAGACGAGCCUGAGUUACCUCAAGAUACCUGGGGAACGAUUGACAAGGAUUGGGAGGUUGAGAAGAUCGUAGACGAAGCAGUAGAUUUGGCGGGCAAGCACAAGUAUCAGGUCAGGAGCUUCAAACUAGCUAACGGGACUAGUACCACUUGGGUAGAAUACAAGACUCUAAUCGGUAACGCGGGAGAGGUGUUGAAGGAUUGGGAAAGCGAGAAGGCGAGGCGGAUUAUCGAACGGAGAAAGUAUUAUGCGAAACACGGAUAUCCAGUGUCCCUCUUUUCUAAUCAAUGUGUGUACGUCAUUCACUUUAUGGAGUUGGGAAUGGGAAGAGACCAAGAGCUUACACCAGAAAUGAAAUUCACCUCUUCAUUGGGAUCUCUGAAUGGUGCGGAUUGGAAUGACGAGAUAGCUCAAGUCAAAGCCGAGGCGUUGCCUUUCAUGAAAAUGGGGGGAGUAGUUAGGGCGGAAAAGAACCGACCUGACAAGAUUUCGCCUUCUCAUCCCUCUGUCAAACGAUCCGAAUCCGAGGCCCAGCAUAGGGCUCCAUCCACCCCAGUUACCUCGGUCGAAAAUGCGACUAUAUCACCAAGUCAAUCUGUAGUAACCCCGUCGAAAAGACCAUUUCGGGGUCCUCUCUCAGCUCAAAAACGGCAUGAACUCAAGCAAAGUCCCACCCAGCCCAUAAAGCGAUCUUCGUCACCCAAUCUAGCUCAGUCGACACCAUCAAAACGACGUAAUACUGGAAAGAAUCGGAGAGUGUGGAAAAGGUGGAAUUCUGCUACACAAGAAGCGAGAGCUGCCUCAGUUACUUUAGUUAAUGAUGUGGAUGAUGAGACCGUUCCAGCUUCUGUGGACUGGCAGACCUUUGAAUAUAUCGAAAAUGGUCCAUAUCGCUCGUGA